AUGGCUAAUGCAGAGGAGCACGGUUCUGCUUUAAGCACUGAGCUUUUGUUUGAAAAGUUUCAGAGUUAUUUCGACAAAAAAUUCGACAAGUUGGCUAACUCCACUAUCACAGAUGAAACAGCGGUGAAGGAACUCAAAAUAAAAUUGGAAGCGAAGGAGUUGACCAAGCCCGGUAAUUCUGCCCAAUUGCUGUUUUGUGGACAGCUAGAGAUUAUUCUAGAUAAAAUAAAAGUCGCCUUUUUGCAGAAGGGUGAUACAGACAAGGUCGUCGAAGCUAUUCACGAGGCUGAGGACCUUUUAGCGGAUAGAAAGCAAAAGAUCAAGAUCGCUGAUAGCAGUAGAGCAGGUUGGAUCACCAUUCAACAGUUAGAGAAGGGCGGCAAGAGAGACCAGUCUUCCGAAGAUCAGAAGAAGGUGCAGAUAGCUGAGGACGCUGCUCUCAAAGAAUUGGAAGGAAGAAAGAAACAAAAGACUUCGGAUAGACGACAGCAAGAUGGGGUGGUUUUCAAGAAUUUUGGUGACCGUAGUCUUUUUCGAGGCAUGCCAAAUGAUGUGUGUUUCAGCUGCAGAAUGCCUGGCCACUGGGCCCGGGAGUGUCCCUACGCAACAGGCCCCCCACUGUCACACCGAGUCCGAUCCCGAGCUCAGACGGCUCUUCCCCUUGGAUACAACACUUUCCACUCCAGAGGUGUGUCGGUUCCAUGGCAAGCUCCCGCCUUUCAUCGAACAGGGUACAACUUCCUACCAGCAAUUGCGGGAACCACGCCCACAGGCUCAUUCAAGCCCGCAGAGUCAAUUGCAGCGCCAUCAACGUCAGGCUCAAGCGUCUCUUAAGGUGGCAAGCCUGUCACAUAAGUUUGCUGACGUGUUGGAGGUACGAUGUGAUUAUCAGGAUAGCAGUAUUAAGAAUUUAAUUUCUGAUAAAGUCAAUGUGAAAGGCAGGUUACGAGCUCACUCACAAUUUUGGUUUCAUAUAGGGGCAUCAUCCAUGGUUUUGUCUGU